AUGAGGGGUUAUGAUGUUUGUGGGGUUAUGAAAUGGGUCCGCAUGGUGUUUGAUGAAAGUCCUCAGAGAGACUUGGUUUCGUGGACUACGCUUGCUCAAGGUUAUGUUAAAAUGGGGUUUCCAAGAGAAGACGUUGAAGUGUUUUUCGAUAUGUGUGAUGCUGAAACAAGGGCAGAUGAGACGAUGUACUUGAAGUGUGGGGAUGCCGACUUUGCAAGUAAAGUUUUCAAUGCGAUGCCUGUGAGAAAUGUGGUUUUGUGGAAUUCGAUGAUAUCGGGUUUGGCACAUCAAGGGAAAUUUAAGGAGGCGUUGGACGUGUUCCGAGAGAUGCAAAAAAGGUGUCUUGAACCAGAUGAGGUGACAUAUAUUGGAGUCCUUGCAGCAUGUAGUCAUGGAGGACUUGUCGCAGAGGAGCAGAGGUAUUUUAGGGAGAUGUCAAGUGUGUACAAGCUCAGACCUCAGACGGAGCAUUAUGGCUGCACAGUUGACCUAUUAGGCCGUGCCGGGUUAAUGAACGAGGCAGAGGAGUUUGUUGAAAACAUGCCAACUGAGCCUGAUGCCUUUGUUUGGGGCGCCCUUUUGGGGCCUGUAGGAUCCAUGGAAAAGUAG